AUGCAGACUUCGUAUCCAGGUAUAGCCACAAAGAGCGGUAUACAACAAGCCACACAGAACAGUAUAAAAAAAGCCACACAGAGCGAUAUACAACAAGCCACACAGAGCGAUAUACAACAAGCCACACAGAGCGGUAUACAACAAGCCACGCAGAACAGUAUACAACAAGCCACGCAGAACAGUAUACAACAAGCCACGCAGAGCGGUAUACAACAAGCCACACAGAGCGGUAUACAACAAGCCACGCAGAGCGGUAUACAACAAGCCAUACAGAACGGUAUACAACAAGCCACACAGAACGGUAUACAACAAGCCACUCAGGUACAGAACGGUACCCAGCAAACCACGCAUGUUCAGAGCGCUAUACAGCAAGCCAAAAGGACAGUAGCAAAGCUUUACAAGUGCCGCUAUGACCAGUGCGACUACUCUAGCGACAAUCUGCGGUACUACGAGAGCCACGUCGCCAACAAACAUACGAGAGAAAAGCGAUUUGCUUGCGGCACGUGUGGCUGCAAGUUUGUUCGGAGAGACCGCAUGGAACUACACGAACUCAUUCACUCUGCGUACCGCCCGAGGCCGCACAAGUGUCCCCACUGCGACUAUGCCGCGAUGGACAAGGGCGCCUUAAAAAGCCACAUCGCUAGCAGACACACGGACGACAAACCGUAUGUGUGUGAAGAGUGCGGCUACAGAUCAAUUACAAAAUAUCGUCUAGAUGUACACAUGAGGAUUCACACGGGUGAGAAACCGUUCGCAUGUCCUGAGUGCGAGUUCAGGGCUAGAAAGAAGUCUAAGUUGCAGUCUCACAUGCGGACACACACCGGGGAGAAACCUUAUGUCUGUGAGGAGUGUGGGUACAAGUCAGCACACAGGAAAGGUUUACAAAUGCACAUCAUGACCCAUACCGGUGAGAAGCCGUUCAAAUGUACCCAUUGCGACUACAGUUGUAGAACACAGUCCGCCUUGAAGAAACACGAGGGCGCCGUACACACAGGCGACAAGCGGUACCUGUGUGACCAGUGCGGCUACAGGACAUCCAACCUGUCCAACAUGGCCAAACACAAGAUGACUCACAGCGGAGAAAAACCGUACAAGUGUGACUAUGAACAUUGUGGAUACAGCUCCAAUAACCAUUCCAACCUCAAAACACACAUGAAAACACAUGCUCCAGACCGGAGCUAAAGGGACUGCAGUCUGUAGCUGUUUUAAGAGCUUUAGGCUUGUUGUAUUACCGUUUGUAAACCUGCUAAUGAUGAUGAUUACCGUUUUAUAGUAUACGAUAGGAAUGCAGGUGUUCAAAUGGGAAAAGUACAAAAAAUAUCUCAUUAAUUCUUAAAUCAAAGUGGUAGACACUGAAAACGUAUACUUUUAAGUACUGAAAACGUAUACUUUUAAGUACCAACAUAAUUUAACAAAAUUUCAAAGAAGACUACAAGUAAAUUCAUCUCAGCAUGAUGUUGAAGUAUUGCCAUAUCUACUUAGAAUAUUUAAAAUGGGGCAUACGAUGAUUUAAUAAGUGUACUUUUCUACUAAUCCCUCCAAAAAUUGUAAUGCAUAGACGGUUGCGAAUAGAUUGAUAUUAAUAUUAAUGAAACUACCCAUUCCUUACAAUAGAUAUGCUUGUAAUUUUUUUAGACCGACUAAUGUGAGGUAAUGUUUCUGCAUAAGUAACAAAACUCAUUGUUCAAGGAGUUAAAAUGUAUGUAGCAAGAACCAU